AAAACACUUAAUAUAAGAAAUAUUUUUUAAUACAAGCAUUUUGUAAACAAUACAAGUUGCAGCGAUCUGGCAACACUUGGCCGCGAACUCUUUAGGCCAUUCAACGAUCUGGCAGCACGCCUGCCUCCCUCCCUCCAAAAAAACAAGAAAAAAAAAAAAGAAAAAACAGCUGAUCUUGCCGCUGUCGCCGCCGUGCUCUCCCUGAGACAUUGUGAUGCAAUUUUUGUUGUGUUUUCAGGCCUAAAAGUGAAAGUUUCCACUGAUAAGCAGACUCCACAGAGCCGAGGUUGUCGAGCUUUCGUUUGGGAGUCACAAGCGGAGAAGAGCAGCAGCAGCAGCAACAGACUAGAAAAGCGCCAAAGAAAAGUUUGGUUGGAAAAGUCGAGGGAAAACUGGAGGGCAUAGUUCAAAGAAACACUCCAGAAACGUGACGCACACAUGAAUGAUUUUGAAGGGCAUUGAUUCAUCCCGUUUUGGUCAGAGAUAGCGCAGCCAAUGCCUGGUCGGCUGGGCACCCAACUGGGCACUCAUUCGGGAGGCCUAACCUCAAACCGCAAGGCACAAAUCCAAUCCGGCACAAAGUGAUAUCAAACGCAACGUUCCCAAUUCCACUCAACUCCAUUCCCGCCUCCGCCUCCGCCCCACACUAAAGUGUUCCAAGAGUGAGGUGACCACGAAGGAUGCAGCGCAUUAUGCCCGCCACCUGGACCAGUGGUGGCGGCCUCCUGCCCUUUCGCAUCUCCACCACCACAAAGGUUGUCUUCUUCUCGCUAACCGCUGGAGUGGCCCUGAUGGGCGUGCUCUCGCGCUUCCUGCGCCGUCGGAAGCCGCCGCGUCCACCGCGCCGGGCCAGGAAGUAUACAGGACGUCGCACCCGCAACAGCAUGCGCAGUCCCAACGAUCUGAUAUCCAUAGCCGGGUCCAAGGCCUCGGCCAGAUCCGGCAGCCCAGUCGGCUCCACGAUAGCCUUCUCCGAUCGCCUGUCCAUGGCGUCGGGUUCGAUUGGAGCGGGUGCUCUGGUCCAGAAUGCUGGUGGCACGUCCGUGGUGAUGCAACUGACGGCCCAGCAACUGGGCGUUAUGGGCAUGGAGGCACUAGACACGGUGAUCAACUUCUGGGAAGACGCCCUGGCGGCACACUAUUCACCCGGCGGACUGCCCGCCCUGCUGACCACUGCCGAGGACUCGGAGUUCUGCCGCGAAAUCCAGAACCUGCUGGAGAUGGCCUACACGCUGCAGGAGCAGAGCGAGCUGCUGUUCCUCGACCAGCGUUCGGUGCUGUUCCGCGAGGAGCAUUCCAUUGACGAGGCCGAGGAGGAGGCCGCCAACACGGACGACGAUCGGCGGUCGAGAAAAUCGGGCAGUGUCUUGAGCCGAGCUGGUUCCGAUCCCAAUUUCGAUUCGGCCGAGAGCUUCGCCUCCGCCCUGGACCAGGUGGCCGAUCUGCGGGAGUUCGAGGGCUUCAUCGAGACUUCGUACGAGGAGUAUCCGCUCUUCCAGAGCGCCCUCAAGCAUCAUGAUGAGUACACGGUGCCGUGCCGCACCAUUCGGGCGGACUUGAUGCACUGCGACAGCGAUACGGAGUAUCUGGCGAAGCUGCACUGCGUCCGACUGGCCUUCCAGUUUCUGUUCAAGGACCCCGCCGUCGGCCAGUGGAUCUGCGAUGCCGGCAGGCAAAUACUCACGGACCUGCUAUGCCUCGGCGACAAGGACACCAAGGAGUUCCUGGUGGGCUACGAGGACAUGGUCAAUUAUCUGCACGACUCCAACAACUGGCCCUGCAUCCAGCUGGAGCUGGAGCAGCGCAACGUCAAGGCCAUGACGUUCUACGACAUCUGUCUGGACUUUAUUAUCCUUGAUUCGUUCAAGGAUCUGGAUGCUCCGCCGGCCAGUGUUACGGCCGUCGUUCAGAAUCGAUGGCUGUCCAAUGGAUUCAAGGAGACGGCCCUGACCACCGCGGUGUGGUCGGUACUGAAAGCCAAGAAGCGGAUGCUCAAGUUCCCCAACGGCUUCAUGUCGCACUUCUAUGUAAUAUCGGAACAGAUAUCACCGCUGAUGGCCUGGGGAUUCUUUGGACCGAACGAGAAUCUGAGGGAUAUAUGUCACUAUUUUAGGGAGCAAUUGCUGGCCUUCCUUGGGGACAUAUUCAGUUUCCAGAAGAGCCGCUUCACCACCAUCGAGGAGUUCUCCCAGGACGUCCUCCAGCACAUGCAGACGCGUGUCAACAAUAUUGGCGUUAAAUUUAGCCAAUAGAGUUUAUAAAAUACUAUAUUUUUACGAUUACUACGAUCCUCCCUAGACAUCCGUAUAUGUUUUAAUGGUUUACCAUCCAACCUAACCCACUUUUGUCACUAUUUAGACUGUUCUAUUUGAUUUGGUAGUUUCCCUAAGAGAUCCUCCACAAGUUGACUAAUUCUAAUACCAAUUACACCCACAACCAUCGUUUCAUUGUAAUGAUUAAGCUGCAUUUAAGACGCCAAAAACGAAAAAAAAUGAAAAACAUUUGUAAAAUAAAACUGUUUACCGGACGAUCCGAUCUAAAAUCCAGCUGCUAGAAAUUGAGUGCGAAUCUGAAAGCAAUUGGGUAGUCGACGCAUCAAAUACCCUUCUAUACAAAUACUUCAUUAUGAUUUAGUACAAAAAACUACACAAAGAAUUUCAAAUUUUAAUAUUUCUAUUAAUAUUUGAUAUUCUUCAAAUUUAUUUGUUCGCAAAAGUUUUGCCUGAAAAAUUCAUUAAUUGAUUUAUUUUUAUUUUUUUUUUGUUCAUGAAAUGCUUAAAAUAUGUACAAAAAAUGACAUUUGAUUUGUUUGUAAACUAUUUUAGCGAAAAUAAGUUGAAAUUGUUGCUUUUUAUUAUGAACAAAAUGGAAAAAUAAGAAAAUGAAAUUAAAACUCUGA